CAGAAUAUCAAGUAAUCUAGCUGUAAAUGGCAAGCGAUACGAGCACUUCUUGGAAAACAACUAUUAUUAUCAGCUCUUCACCUCAGUGUGAUGAACCCUCACAGAUUCUAUUAGCACAGCAGCACAAAAUUCGCCGCUCGGACAGCAUCCUACCCUCUACUUUUGUUUUCCCACUAUCAGGUACAGCAUUCUUGCUUGUCACGCCGGAGGAGUUUCCAGCAAAGCAUGAGAAUGCCGAACUUUUUGAGAGAAUUGAGAAGUUUAUGCAGGUCCACAGAAACAGUUUUCUUCUGCUUAAAGCCCCAGUCUAUGGAAAAAGGGAGUGGGAGAUUUUAUCAUCGGUGCAGAACAGAUUUCUUGGCUGCAACCUCAAAGCCUUACCUGUGCAUAGUACUGCUAAUGUAAUAGAUGGAAUGCUGCUCAUCGCUAAAGCCACAAGUAAACCCCAUGUUGAGAAAAUGAGAGAUCGGAUGUCUUUGGCUUGUGCUCACAUCAUUGAUCGUAGCCCAGUUUGGGGGAUGCUUCAAGAGAUGCGGCUCUAAUGAGAUUACCCCAAAAAUGACAAUACUUUCAUCUUAUUCUAAACCCUUAUAAUUUCUAUCUUCUCUAAAACACAAAAAAGUGGUUAGGCAGGAUGUUAGCUUCAGUCACCGUUCUCUUUCGUUGGAAAAAGAUGCAAUGAAACUGAAUGGUGACUGAAGCUAACAUUCAUGCCUAACCUUACUCCUUUAGUAUUCCACCAAAGAAAGAAAGUCAAGUGGGUUUGGAACAACAUGAGGGUGAGUAAAUGAUGACAACAUUUUCAUUUUUAUGUAUUUUUUUAAAGGAAAUGUUUUAUUUUCCGUUGAAGUUUUUUAUUGCUUGCUAUUCUUGUUUUUAACAGCAGGUGUCAGUGUCAUCUCAAAGUAGGUUGUGUUGCUCAGCAGCUCAAAACUGUUAAUUGCCCUUCAUAUUUGUUCAUAGCCUUUUAAAACAUUCUCUUCCAGUUCAUUAACUACAAGAAAUAAGUAUAAACAUUGUCAGCGAAAAAAAUGCAACCUUUUAGGAUUUGUAUCGAAUAUGUGUAUUGAUAUUAUUUCAUAGUAUUUGUAUUACAGCUUUGAUGUUACAAUUGCAAACUACAGCAUAGAUAGAUCAUAAACUAGAGCUUAAAUAAAUAUAUGCAGUAUUCAGUCCCAGCAGCAGUAAUUGUGCCUCCUUGUUUAUUUUGGACUCACCUCUAUGAUCUCCUCUACACGGCCCACAAGGCUCUUGUAUUGUAUCAUAUGUAAUCAGGGCACACUGCAAGACCUGCAAUUGAUGUAAUAUAAUGUUACAUAUGACUUACUGACACAAUUCUUUUUUUUAUAUCUGAAUUCUGAUGAUUAGCAACAAUAAUCUAACCAUAUCCUGUGCCUCACAUGGCAUGCUGCCAAGCAUCUCCGUUUUCACAAUCAUGCUGUGGACUGAUCUCUUCCCAGAGGCCUACUUAAAUUCUAUGGGAAACAAAGAUAUAAUACUAAUGUACAAGCAAAG